AUGAUCCGCUCAACUAUACCCUAUCUUCAGGUUGAUGAGCGUCCCAUCGGGCCCUACUCGGGUUUCCUUGAUGGGGCUGAACUUCAGCUGGGUGGUACGUACUAUCCAGCCAUUCGGUCUACUCCACUCUCGCCCUAUAUGGACAGCAGUCCCAAGGGUAGACUCCGAAAUCCGGACCCUGUUGCUCAUUUUCUUCUACACCAUCCUUCUAGUUCAAAUGUUGUACACACUGCCAUAAACCCCGGAUUAUAUAUACUACUGUUUCAUUUGCCAACGCUGCUGCACCCCCUGCGGAAUGACUGGCCACUUCUGGUCCACCUGUAUACACUUCGAUUCAAAUUCGACCCUUGGUGUUCCACCAAGCGGCUAAAACCAGUAAUGGCUCAUCUUCAGGUGUAAAUACCCCCAUUACUUCAUGAAUCCGGAUUGCUAUCACUCGUCUAUGAUGAUGCCUUCGGACGCAAAUCUUAACCUCUAUUUACGCCCCCUUGUUCGCAUCUCAAGGCUUCACAGUCUACCUAGGAACUCGAUCCUCACCUCGCCCUUCGAGUGGGGUUCUUUGAUUGAGGCACCCUUAAGUGUUCUUUGUCUACCACAGUCCUAAGUUCCUCAAUCCGCUUUGAAUACUGGAGACAUCUAGAGCACGACCGGGUGCCCCUCCGCACACUUGCCCGCGUGGUAGAUUUUUACUCGGAUGAAGACCAUUCACCGCUUAGAUCAAAGGGAAUGGAUGGAUUCCAUUCAGUCCUGUCCCAAGCUUUAUCAUGGGCUCAGAUGCGCAUCUUGAGGUUGGAGAAUUGCGGGCACAACCCUUGGAUGAUGAGAGAAGCCACCUAUUACAUCAAGAUUCGAAUAUGGAUGGCAGUUUAUUACGCAAGCCCAAGCCGCCGGUGCCCUUCAAACUAUAACGUCUGGCUGUGUAUGGAUUAUGUGUCAAUAUUACUCUACAUGGACCGUUUUGAUGGAACUGGGCCAUGGUAUCUCAAGCACAGCGACUCUAACGACGGAUUGAGUUUUGUCCACACUUUGAGGAUCAUCAACGACUGGCAUCUUCUUCGACCAAUCUACAGCCAUAUCUUGCAGUUGUAA